GUAGUGCGCACAGCAGUUUCAACCAAGCCAAACAGCAACUCCGCAAAUUACUGGCCGUAAUGAAAUUAGUUUAAGAGAAGUGCUCGCAUGAGAAGCACUGGAGCGGGUUUUGUUUCCCUUUGCCCAAUAAACCGUUCCUAGGCAUUUCUUGCACGACCAAUCAGCCGUUUUGGAAUCGAUUCAGUAGUUCAAGUCUUUAACCACGGUUUCAGCUUGUGAGUGAGUUUUAUUUCGGUUCAAUUAGAAGUUCUGAAGUUUCCUAGCUGGAGGAUUGUUUGGUUUUCGCUCGGUUUCGUAAAAGAUAGAAGAGCAGGCAAGAAAACAUCUGCAAAGGAUUGGAAUGUGACAGGAACAGAUACAGAAACAGGACGCGCGCAGAUUACUGAUGUCGGUUUGGAAAUGAUGUGAAUUAGUAAUAAUAGUAGUCCGUGCUUUUCAAUUACGAUCCCGUAGUCCGUGGCGGAGAUAUAAAUAAAAAUUUCGUACAUGAGGAGGAUAUUGCAGGACCAACCAGAUUUUCUCGUCCGCAAUACAACAACGAUCCGAGUGCCCAAAAGUGGAGAAAAUCUGCAGUUUGUUCGGUCUGUGCUCAGUGCCCGGAAAAGGAAGUCUUUUUCCAAACGAUGCGAAUGGAAAAAUUUGAAUAAUCUGGAUCAUCGUUCAGCGGCAAAAAAAAGAUAGUGGCUGCAGAGUGGGUGCUUCUUUUGCCAGAGUGUGAUUGAUUGUUUCUAUUUUUUUACGCAUUGUAGCGUAGCACAUUGUGCGGAAAAGUUUAUGGCUAGCGAAGAAGUAUUGUGAAAGGGGAGAUUUUCUUCGGUGGAAUAGAAAAAAAAAAUUUCACAGUGAAUUUUUGCUGAGAUAGCCGCUGCCACAAUAGCUAACUAGCUGGUGGAAUUUGUGCAGUGAAGUGAUAGAAAACAGGAAGUGGAACAAAUUGUGUCAAUUGUGGCCCCAGACGGAGAGGAGGCGGUCGUUGUUUUUUUGUCUAUCUGCACUUUCUGGAAUCUCCUCUGGGUGAAAUAGCAGCCACCACUAGAACAUCAUCGUCACCAUGAUCGAGUUCAAAGCUGGAGUACUGUGGCUUUCGUGCCUGGUUCUGCUGUUCAAUCAAGAAAACGUACUGGCACAAACCAGACGUGUGUUUCGCACGGGAGUCGCACAACCCCGAGCCCUCGGCUCGAAUCCAAGAACCAGUCAUUCAUCCUCCGUGGAUUUCAACUGCCCGGAAGAAUUCGGAUACUAUUCCCACCCGACAGACUGCUCCCAGUAUUAUGUUUGCGUGUUCGGGGGAGCUCUGCUGGAAAGUUGUACCGGAGGGUUGAUGUACAGCCAUGAGCUGCAAACCUGUGAUUGGCCACGGAAUGUGGGCUGUGACGUUCAGUCGCAAAACGCUCAAGCGGCGCAACUACGAACUACCGUGACACCACGCGUUCCACAGGUUCUAUCCCGUAUUCGAUUUUCUUCAAGUGGUGCAUCAGCACCAUCGGCACCGUCCGGUCCAUCCGGACCCAGUGCUCCAUCGGGCCCGUCGGGUCCUGGACCGUCCGGACCUGCACGCAUUCAACAAAUUCAAUCACUACCGCCACCACCGCCGCCAGCAAAUCCGAAUCCUGUGAUCACAACACGAGGUCAACCGAAAAACUCUCCUCAAGAAGAUAUUGCCAAGCUCUAUGCCGAAGCCCACGAUACACUGCCGCCAGUCGAGGAAGACGAAUCCGAUCGACAACAACGUGUUUACCGUGGCCAGCCAAGUACGGUCACGCAAGUGCAGCGUGAUCGAGACGGUAUCCUCCAGCAGCCAAGCGUCAAUGCUAUUCCUACACAGGCAAAAAUAGGUUCCUUUGCGUACAGUGCCCAGCCACAGCCAUUCAGUGACGAAGACGUAUUGCAAGACCUAGACCUAGAAGCGCAAAUUACUCGCACCAACGCUCAUGAUCGCAAGAAACGUGACGUGAUCUCCGACGUUGACAAAGGAACAAUCACUGUUACUAGCACUCGAGAUAUGCAAAACAGUUCACUGAAUAUUGCUGAGAAUCAACAGAAUAGACGUUCCGAUCCAGACGAAACGGAACUGACGGAUCUCAGCCAAUUGGAGGAAGCAGUGUAUGGCGAGGAGAGUGCACGAAGUGCCCGACAACUUAGGCCACUGGGAAACUGGCAGUAUAGAUCGUUGGAUACAUCACUCUCCCGUCAGAACAGCUUCUCGCCAAGUAGCUAUGAUCCGUACGCAUUCUCGGCUGGACCAACAUCACCGAGCUACCUCAAGUCUGGAGCGCGGUACUACCAGCCGCAGACUUACAGUAAAAAAGAAAUAACCAACAACUACAACGAUUACCUCGAAGCAUACGUGAAAGCCAAACAGGGUGGUAGCCAAUACUUAAGGCCAGUAGAAGUAUCUCAUCACAAGGCACCGGGUCUUCAAAACUACAAAACUGUCACCAAAAUAACACCUCAGGAUGCAUUGAUCCCUCUCCUGAUCUCAAAUCAAUCGCCGAGGCCGCAACAGUAUCAAACUGCAUUUACCGCUGCCGCUUUUGUAAAUAAUCAUAACGGUAAAAAGUACACAACACCGGUUCCGGACAUAGACGAUGACACCAUUCCGGAUAACUUUGCAUAUUUCCAUUUUGGUAAUCAUUACUCGUCCACCCCCAUAUCCGUCAACAAUCAUGCUAAGAAUGCAGCAAAAGCUAAUCCACAGCAAUCGCCGAAGGUGGCUCAACCUAGCAACCGAAGCCCAUUUAUUGCAUUUAGCUCCGUCGGAGGGUUCUUCAACAAUCAACAGACUUCCAAUCCGAUCAAAGAAUCCUUCGUAGGAGUAUCCAAGUACCCUGCGCAGCAGGCAAAUUCUAAAAUCCUCGCUGGACCAAGUACUCCAGCACCGGUCUAUGAAAACGUUGGAAACUCCGUGACACAGCUGCAACGGUUUCCGGCAACGACUUCAAAGUCUCCAGUGACCCUAGAGUUCUACCCACAGAAUUUGUUUCUAAGCAAUGGUAAUUUAUACACGAAUAGUGUACCGUCACAGGGCACAUUCAACAACUACAACGAAAAAUUAAUACCAGUAUACGAAACGUCCACACUGAGGCCGGCCGGUUAUUUCGUAACCAAAUCCACAAACGGCUUUCAACCUAUCUCGGUAUCCACUACUCCAAGAUACUACCAUCAAGGUAGCCAGAAUAAUCCGGAUUACACAAGAUUUUACGAAAGUAUCAAAAGCAGCCACGUUCAGCAAACGAACGUAAAAAUAGUCGACGAAUUGAAGAACAUCGGCUCACAAUUCCCAAAGAAUGUUACCACGAAUCUCCACCCGGUGCCUUCAGUGCAACAUCAAAACAAACUACCUCAUUACGGACCAUCAACUGUCAAACCUGUAAGCGAAUCUAAUGAGUAUUACUAUGAACAAGAAGAUGAAGUUCGUGGUCACAAAUAUGUAAAAAACACUCUUAGUGGUGAUCGUAAACCAACUUAUCCGAAACGUCCCGUUGAAGACGACGACGAAGAGUAUUACGAAGAAGAUGACGAAGAUGACUACGAGUACAGAUAUCCGGUGAAUAAGUCCAAGUAUACUCCAAUGACGGAAACCAUGGCACCAAGACCAAUCGGAAACCUGACUACUCCAAGACCGGCGGCGUCCGUAUCCGGUCACGUGUACUAUCCGAACCAUAAGUACGAAACAACGACUUGGCGUCCAAGCACCGUAACAGCUCAUUCUUCAACAACGAGUGAUAUUCCCCCAAUCAUAAAAUUUCCAGAAGAUGUAUUCCAAGGUAUCAGACCCUUGGCGGAUAUCCCUCGUUAUCUGAACAAAUCAACUUCUCGACCAUACACCGUACGGCAGCGAGUCCGACCAACUGCAAUUCCGAAUGCAAAUCUCAUUGACGAAAUCACUUCCAAGGAACUACUUCGAACGACUGCUAAAUCGUAUACCUCUAAAAGCGUAGCCAAGACGAUAUCGACAACAACAUCGAAACCAACGACAACAACCACAACAACAACUACGACAACGACGAGUACUCCACCACCACCACCACCACCGCGAACGCGAACCACUACGACAUCGACUGUCGCGUCGACCUACGAAACGACGUCUCGAAAACGGUACACCGUUCGACCGAACCGUGGCCAGCAACGCUGGCGCACAACCGAGACCCCAGAACAGCAUACCGUUAGCACCAGACCGAACAAAAACCCACUCCGUAACGAUCGUUUGGAACUCGAUGAACGGCUACCAAACAGAGUUGAAACAUCAUCACCGGCCCCGAGCAGAUACAAUUCCGACCAGUCACAGAAGACUGUUCUCAGCCAGAGCAACAAAAACUACUACAACACCAGCAACUACGAUCCGUCGGCGUACGAUUCCUACUAUGCUGUCUAUGACGAGGAUGUAGAGCUGUACAGAGAUGUUGAAUACCAACCGCAGUACAACCAGAAUAAUCAGCAAUCGUCAUCCCAACCACCGAAGCCAAUCGUGUCCUCGACCUAUCGCCCAACCGUGGUCACUACCGUCGCUCCAACUUCUCAACGAGAUCAGUCACUGUACGUCACUUCUCCCCGUACCACCUACCAACAGAGACCAUCCUACCAGGCCGAUUAUGAUGAUGCCCUUGUGUCACAGCUUGAAGAUGAUCGUUAUAAUCAGAAACAAACGCACACACAACUCAGAAACGAUUUGAAUUCGAUCUCUGAUCGUCCGAUUCUGGUAUCGUCAACGAUUCGUACCUAUAACAGUCCCAAAUAUCAGACAGCCUUCGUAACAUCACCCGAACCGUUCUCACUUCCAUCAACAACCAGUACAAGAACCACUACAACCACCACAACCAUCACUACAACACCAGCUCCGCUACAGUAUUAUACCACAAGAUCAUCACAAUUGGAUGAAAAAAGCAAUAAAUCGACUCCUAAAUCAAUCAUAUUAACACUCGCAGCACGCGCGGGCUCCUCGUCCACAUCAACCGAAAGUCCCCUCCUUGUAUCCUUUUCCCCAUUCUCCUACACAUCCGGCAGAUCCGCCAGUGCCAUAUCCAACAUAUUCCGACCGGUAUCGAAAACUAACAGCACAAAAACAACUACAACGACUAGCACCACAACCACAACUCCAGCUCCCUAUCCUUCUCUGUACCAAUUCUCGAUCAGUGACACCAAUGAAAACCAAUCCAACCAAGUCCCACCGGAAAUCAAAUUCCAUCCCAUCCCAGAGGAUAGCUACUACGACGACGAAGAAUACCCUCUCAGUAAGACUCGAUAUGAAUACGAUGUUCAGGACAACGAUAGCAGCAAUGAUCAAUCGAGUAAGAAGUACAUAACCCAAAAAUUACUUCCUGUUAACCAGCCCUCCUCCAAUUACGGUUCAUCCGGGACACGCGAAGAAAGCCCUUUCUCAUACGACGAACCAACGAAUUAUUUUUCAUUCAAUUACAAUAAAUCUCCGUCCUCGCCUACACCGACUACCACUACCACCCACAGACCAACAACUACGACUCCUAGUACUACCACCACUCGUAGUCCAACUACUACAACUACAACAACCACCCCGGACCCGAUAGUGCAACGUCAGAAAAUCCAAAGUUUCGUUGUCUCCGAAAACCAACCGGAGAGUUUUCAAUCACACAAAACUUUUUCAUCCCCCAAACCAUCUGCCGUACCAGACUACGAUAGCUCCCUAAACAGCGGCGUUCGCACGCGUGGUCAAAACACAUUCCUCAAAGCCCUAGGCACAACACUGUCCGCCACCCAACAGUCCACCAUUGCUACAUCCACCAAUGUUGCACCUGUUUCAGCCUAUUCAUCUGUUGCACCAAUCCUGGCGAAACCAACCGAGCAGUUAAACUCGGAUAAGAUUUAUCGGCUUACUUUUAAUUCGAAAUUCGGUAGCACUCGCCCAGAAGAGCCUGUUUUGACCGUGGUAAGACCAAGCUCAACUCACCCUCCACGCUACAUUUUCAGACCAGAAAAAUCCGAAACAAACAAUACGAUUAGAUUAACGCUGGGUACCGCCAUCGGGCAGAGCUCAACGACGACUCGAACUCCCUUCUCUCCUUCGUCCCCUCGGUAUGUAAACUACGAGGAAACCACUCGGUCUACUCCAGGUCAUUCUAAGCUGGAAGAACGCUUAACGACAACAGAUCGGCCGGUGACUCAGUCUCCUCGCUACGAAAUCCGACCGGAACAAUUUGAAAACAAUAAAUCGAUUCGGCUGACGCUAAAUGCUGGUAUUGGUGGUAGGCCAUCCGUGUCGAAAGGAACCGUUGAAACUGUAGAAAUCACAUCAGCUAAUCCCAGAUAUAUUCAGUUUACUCAAUCUGAUGCGAUAACUACAACAACUCCGGAGCCGAGUACUUCGACAACGGUCAAAAUAUUACGGUUAUCUCCGAGCUCCCUACCGACUCCUACGCGUAAUCGCUACUAUCAAGAUAGAGAUGAGGUGACGCACAUUACCAAACCCAAUGUAAAACCAACGAAAACCAGUUUUCAAGAUACUGAUCCAACUUCCUCCAGCGAAUGGGUUCCUUCUUAUCCGGAUAAGGUAUUAUCCAGCCCUCAAACGAACACACUUCAAGAGAAUGAAGAACAGGAGCUUGAUGAUUCGUUAAUCCCAUCCAAUAAUAGAAAACCCUACCACAAUCCUUUGGAUAUCAAACCACUGCUUCCCACACGAUUUCCACCCCGGUCAACUCUACCGCCCACAGCGGCCGACGAUAGUCGUAAAAUCGCCGAGUCAAUACAGAGUUUCACUACUCGAGGGUUGAUCUUCAAAGAAGCACUAAACAAAACCCUAGAACCAACCAGUAAUCCACGUCUGCUUGUGUCACCAUUCAAAAGUCUCGAAGUACAACGGCACACCACUCCAUCAGACAAACCAUUCUCGUAUUCCACUUCCCGUGUAAUUUCCAACGUCUACCGAACUACAACAGAUGCGCCUAGGGAAGCUUUCAGAAGCUACUUCCUCAUAACAGCUCCUCCAAAGCUGGCGAAUGUUGACCGGUUUUCUAGUCUGUCGACAUCUAUACCUACAUCAAUAUCGACUACCACUUCUACCACAACAACAGAACUGCCAACAACUACUGCAUCCACAACAUCGUCCACCAUCCCAAGUACUACUUCAACAGCCACAAGCACCACAUAUUCAUCCACACCCUACUACUCGUCUACGGAAGACACCACCUCUACCACUGUGCCAAAGUCAACCGAAGUAUACCGGGGUCGAUACCGUCCAGUCUUCAACUUGGUCAAAUCUUCCGAUACAUCGGAAGAAGCUACAACCCCUCGUUAUCGCCUUCGUAAUCGUAUUCCUACACGGCGCUCGUACACUCGCCUGAGACCAUCGGCGUUUCCUGCGUCAAGCAGAAACCAUGACAAAGCAAAGUAUCCUUUAACCAACACUGAAAGUACACUACUUUCAAUAUCUACAGAAUAUGUUGAUCGACACGUAACCCCGUCGCCAUCGACACCGUCGAUUUCCUCGUCGCCUAGUUCACAUUUGAACAGAAUUAGUACCACCGAACGAUCUCGCUACGAUAGCGAAGAAUCGCCGGCCAAAUCUUCACAUUACAAGUCCCGUUUUAGUGACGACAGUGUGGAAGUGUUCAAAAAAGUUACGGUUCCAUCGGAGAACGUAACACUUCGAACCAACAGCGAACCCGUUAAAGUGGUCGCAAUCACCGACAAACCCGUCUACUUCACCAGUUACCAUUUGACCUCGACUGAAAUGAACUCUUUUGGACCUUCCUCCAACAGCAAGACAGAAACGACAACGAAGAAAUUCCGUGCGACUGUUGAGAUGCCCGAAAUGAACAUUCCUACCGAAAAGGAGUUGCUGUCGUACCAGCAGGACGACAGUGCCAGUAACGAAGAAGAAGAGGAAGAUGACGAAGAUGUACAUGACGAAGAAGACGAAGACAUACCGGAGGAGGACCUGGUGGACUACUCUUAUCUCGAAACGACCAGUGCUGUUCCGACUUCAACCGUAUCGUCUACGACUACUACUGCCAGUAGUAGAAUUGCUGGUUCAUACAAACCACUCUAUCGAUCAUCGAAACGUUACACUACUUCAACUUCUACUACAACUGAAUACACUACCCCUGACACAUUACCACCAAACGUGCAAGUUACGGAUAUGCAACGACUCAACCAAACCAUUCCGACACUACCAAUACAAAGCACAUCACUCUCUGACACAAUCUGGAGCAGUUCCUUGACGCCCGGUUUAUCGGAUCAAGAUGAGCUGGACGGAACCAAUUCACAACAAUCCAAUUCCACUAGCACCACUACCACAACCACCAUCACCACCAACACCACUCCUCGCUUACCCACAACAUACUCCAUGAACAAGCUCCCACCGCGCGCAUCCAGGGUCAAUAAUGCCAUAAAGACCACGAUUGCGGCCGCACAGCUGCCACGCCGAUAUAGCAAACCAUCAACCGGGAAAAGUAUACAAUGUACAGAAAAUUCACUUUCUGCCAAGUGCAACGAAAUCCCGUCGAGAGGUAGCAGCAACAACAACAACAACAACAACCGUAACCGUGGACAGCAGCAGCAACAACAACAACCACAAUACGUUACCGAUAUUCAGUCGACGGUAUCCGCUAAUCGAGGAACCCAUCCGCCACGCGCCCGUCCUACUUUGAAGCCAGCGCAGACCAUCGUUUCGAAGGCGCAGGAGUUCAUCGAUAUCUACCGUCAUCCGGCAACGCGCCCGGAACCGCUUUACCCGCAACCGAAUCCGGAUAAAACUGCCGCGAAGUGUCGCAAGGAUGUGUGCCAGCUGCCGGAUUGCUACUGCGGCGGUAAAGAUGUCCCCGGAGAUUUGCACGUCGAGCAAGUGCCACAGAUUGUUCUACUGACCUUUGACGAUUCGGUCAAUGACCUCAAUAAACAGCUGUAUCAGGAUCUGUUCGAACGAGGACGGGUAAAUCCAAACGGUUGUACAAUCUCCGCUACAUUCUACGUAUCCCACGAGUGGACCGACUACAGCCAAGUGCAGAACUUGUAUUCUGAUGGACACGAAAUGGCGUCGCAUACCGUUUCCCACAGUUUCGGCGAGGCGUUCUCUCCCAAAAAGUGGGCACGUGAAGUAGCCGGCCAACGGGAGAUCCUGUCUGCAUACGGUGGAGUCAAACUAGAAGAUGUACGUGGAAUGCGAGCCCCGUUCCUGUCCAUUGGAGGUAACAAGAUGUUCAAGAUGUUGUAUGACUUCAACUUUACCUAUGAUUCGUCGAUGCCGGUCUAUGAAAAUCGUCCACCGAGCUGGCCGUACACCCUGGACUACAAAAUCUUCCACGACUGUAUGAUUCCACCUUGUCCUACCAAGAGCUAUCCAGGAGUUUGGGAAGUCCCUAUGGUGAUGUGGCAGGAUUUGAACGGUGGUCGUUGUUCGAUGGGCGACGCCUGCUCGAACCCACCGGAUGCCGAUGGCGUGUACAAGAUGAUCAUGAAAAACUUCGAGCGGCAUUACACCACCAACCGAGCACCAUUCGGACUUUACUAUCACGCAGCCUGGUUCACACAGCCGCACCAUAAGGAAGGCUUCAUACAGUUCCUAGAUGCGAUCAACUCGAUGAAGGAUGUGUUCAUCGUCACCAACUGGCAGGCACUGCAGUGGGUCCGCGAUCCGACACCGAUGUCCCGCAUAAACUCGUUCCAGCCGUUCCAGUGUAACUACUCCGACCGUCCAAAACGAUGCAACAACCCGAAGGUAUGCAAUCUGUGGCACAAAUCUGGUGUUCGAUACAUGCGUACGUGCCAACCCUGCCCAGAGAUUUACCCAUGGACCGGAAAGACUGGAAUCCGCUCAUCACGGAUCGACAACGACAUCGAGAUUGCCGAUACGAACUAAGUCAGGACAGCCAACGACGACAACACGGACUACGAAGCAGAUAUUUUUGUGUGUAAGAGAAAAGUUUUUGUUAACGAAAUCAGUCAUGGUAAUUAGUCGCCCAAGAUAGAAGUUGAGGUUCCACAGUAGGAAAGAAAAAAAAACGUCGCAAGACUAGAUGAUUCUCUUUUUUUCUCCGGCUUUAGGUUAAAAGCAGAGUAAUGCAUCUAUGAUCUUCUUGGGCUUUGCUUUUCUACAAAUUAAAAAAAAAAACAAACAAAACAUUAUAUAAAUUCGGGACUCUCGUGCGGUUAAAAUUCCAAACGUUGUCGAUGAAGAUACUAUUCACGAAAACCUUAGGUUUACCAUACCAAUUAACUACGAGUAAAGAAAGCUUCGCACUCACUUUUUCACCAACGCAUACUUGGUAAUUUAUUACAAUUAAACAUAUCAUCGGAGCUUAGUUGUCUUCAUUCUCCAUCGCCGGAAAGUUGGAUGAAGAACUUUUGAUAUCAUUAUAACUGUUAGACCUGUAAGAUUUUACCACGUAGAGCUAUUUUCCUGUAAAUACAACACAACUGUUGUGACAUUCAACAUCGAGUUUAAGAGAACACGGAGGUUCAACGAAAAACAUAGCGAACACGACAAAUACUCACUUUCUAGUGUAAAAAAAGCGGAAGGCAAUCGAAUAAUUUUAAGACGUUUUGACAGAGAUAUCGGACCGAAUCAAAAACUGGAGAAAGGUAGCACUGCCAUAUUGUAAACAAGAAGUUUUGCCUUUCUGUAACACACGAGCUGCACUAAAAUUAUUCUGCUAUUUCAUUGGAAAAUAAUGUAACUAAUUGCUGAAAUUCUAAAAAAAACAGUACGUUGGUUAGGUGUCCAAAUCCAUCGCGAACAGAAGAAAUUAAUAGGUUCAAACUCAUUUUGAAUUCAUUUUUUUGAGAAAACAUAAAAAAAAUUUAAAACCCAUAACGUACGCCUCAAAGGUGAUGGAAUGCAUACCUAGCUAACUUUGUGACACUAUUUUCGAUAUAAUUUUGUGGGCCGACUCGAAUGCAUUGACGAGGAAAAAACUAGAAAACAAUCGAUGAAUGACACUAAAAUUAAUAGUGAUAUAUUUAUAGCUAGUUAGAAAAUAAAUUAUAAACUGCUGCUAGGAUGAAUCUUUAAGGCAUAAGAAGCAAUCUAUUGUACAUAAACAGAAUUUACAUCAUAGUUCCCCUCCUUUCGAAGGUUUGCUAGAUCAGCACCCACAAACCAUGCACAAAUACUUGUUGCUUCCGAAGUUCGCAUUUUGAAUGUAUUUAGUUUUCUAUUUUUUUUUUGUUUUGUCUUGGUUCUUAUUUCAAAGUUCAGCGCAUAUUCCAUUUUACAUACUCAUUGCUGUAUGCUUUAAAAGAGAGAUCAUUUGCUAUAGUCUAGGAAACAUAAUUUGUAGAUCAACAAAUGUAUAUUGGUGAUACAGCGUGGUGGAACACGCGGCGAAAUGACACUGUUUGUGAUUUUCGAUGUAUUACUGUUCUAACAUAUAGGGGAGAAGUGAAAUGAGAAGAUAAUCCACAAAAUGAAUUCCGAAUGGUACUUCACUGCCGUUUGAACGAAAGAAGAAGAAACUUGGAAGAGAUGUAAAUAAAACUUGUGUACCGGAGAUCAUUCGAAUUAAAAGUGAGUGUAUUGGAAGUGAAUAAAUAAAACUUGACAAUUUUUAAUAAAAAUAA